CGGACCGUAGCCGGGGUACAGAUGCUGUAUCUGGGCUGCAGCGUGAACAAGCACUCUGCUCGCCCUUAGCUAAGUUCAUACGAGCGCUCAACUACACGGACUUUGUGACUGAUAGUUUGUGCUUUCAAAACACUCGUUGGAGCGUAAACAGAUUUUGCGCGGAGUGAAACUUUUUUUGCUCCUUUCUCCAGCCAUGGGAUCCCAGCGGACAGCGGCACUGCUCGUGGCCGGACUGCUAGUCGCUCUUAGUGGACACUGCGGAGCCAGUUGCCCCGAGAGGAACCUGGAGGAUCGGGAGGAUGAGGCGAACAUAGUUUUGACGGGAACUGUGGACGAGAUUAUUAACGUGGACCCGGUACACAACACGUACUCGUGCAAGGUCAGAGUGUGGCGUUAUCUGAAAGGCAAAACCACCGUGAGCCGUGAAAUCCUGUUGGACGGAGGAAACAAGGUGAUGAUCGGCGGAUUCGGUAACCCCGGCAUCUGUGACAACCAGGUAUCCACAGGAGACACGCGCAUCUUCUUCCUCAACCCAGCCCCGGAGUACAUGGGCCCUGAACACAAGAACGAACUCAUGCUCAACUCCAGCCUGAUGAGGAUUACCCUGCGCAACCUGGAGGAUGUGGAGCACUGCGUGGAAGACAAACCUCCCCACUUCACGCCGGCGCAGCCUCCUGACGGCUGCAGAGGGAUGCUGUGUGGUUUCGGUGCAGUCUGCGAGCGUAACCCGACUGACCCAUCCAAGGCCGAGUGUGUGUGCAAGAGAGUGGAGUGCCCCCUGCUGGUGGCCCCUGUCUGUGGCUCCGACUCCUCCACCUACACCAAUGAGUGCGAGCUGGAGAAGGCCCAGUGCACCAACCAGAGACGCAUCAAGGUUCUCCGUAAAGGGCCAUGCUCUCUGAAAGAUCCGUGCUCCGAAGUGGUGUGCAGCUACGGCAGCACCUGUGUCCAGUCUUCAGACGGUAUGUCGGCCAAGUGCAUGUGUCCUCUGGGCUGCGAGGGUAAAGCGGAGAAGCCGGUCUGCGGCAGCGAUGGGAAAGACUACAGGAACGAGUGUGAACUGCACCAGCAUGCCUGCAACAGCCAGAAGAACAUCCAGUACCAAGGACUGUGUGACCCAUGUGCAGACAGUGAGAACAGUGAGAACAGCCUGAAUAGCCGUUGCCGUGUGGACAGUCUGACCAGAGAGCCCCUCCUCUACAGCCUCCCAGAGUCCUGCCCGCCUGACGCUGAACCGCUGUGCGCCAGUGACGGACACACCUACCCCAGCGAGUGCGCCAUGUAUGCCACCAGGCUGCAGAAGGGGGUCAAGAUCACCAAGGUCCACACCGGGCACUGUCGCAAACAUGAGCUGUGUAAAGAGGAGUGCCUGUUCAACGCCAUCUGUGUGGUGGAACAGCUGACGGCGCGCUGCUCCUGUGACCCCAUCGAGUGUGACGGCUCCUACCAGCCCCUGUGCGGGAAAGACGGACACACCUACAUCAACGACUGUAUACGCCGGAAAGCUGAGUGUCUGAGCAGGAGCCUCAUCCCGGUCAAACACAAGGGCCCAUGUGAUCUUCACGUUCCUAGCCCGUGCGUUGACAAAGUGUGCGAUCACGGAGCUGUCUGCGUGGUGAAGAAUAGUGAACCAGUGUGUGAAUGCCCCGAGGCCUGUCCACAGACCUCAGACCCCGUUUGUGGAUCAGACGGUCAGAGCUACGGGAGCCCCUGUGAGAUGAGAGCCAUGAGCUGUGCGCUACAGAAGUCCAUCCACAUCAUGCACAAAGGACCUUGUGACAAGACUUGUGCCAACUGCUCUUUUGGUGCAAUCUGUGACGCCCAGAGCGGUCAGUGCUUGUGUCCAUCCGAGUGCGUGGAGUCCCACCAGCCUGUGUGUGGCAGUGAUGGCACCACCUAUAGCAGCGAGUGUGAACUACAUGUCCGAGCCUGCACGGCACAGAUGGAACUACGAGUGGUCAGCCAGGGAGAGUGCAAGACUUGUGGUAGCUCUGUGUGUGCCUGGGGGGCCCGCUGUGUCCAGAACAAGUGUGAGUGUUCCCAGUGCCCCGACGAGCCCCCAUCGCCAGUGUGUGGCAGUGACGGCACCACAUACGACAGCGAAUGCCUCCUACGCAUGGCCUCCUGCUUACAGAAGAGAAGGAUCGACGUGGCCAAAGCUGGUAGCUGUGAUGAAGACUGUGGUUCUGGGGGCUCUGGGUCUGGAGUGGAGAGCUGUGAGCUGGACAAGUGUCGAAUGUUUGGUGGAUCUUGGGACGAGGAUGCUGAAGAGGACCGCUGUGUGUGCGACUUCAUCUGUGAAAGUGUCCCUCACAGUCCGGUUUGUGGCUCUGACGGUAAAAACUACAGUAACGAGUGCGAGCUGAAGAAGACUCGAUGUGAAAAACAGGAGCACCUACAGAUCCAGAGCCAGGGCCCGUGCACCGUCGUAUCAGCGUCUCCUGCUCCGGCGCUGGCAGAGCUCCAGCACUGCAGCCUGUCUGUGUACGGCUGCUGCUCCGACAAUAUGACCGCCGCUAUGGGGGUCGGACAGGCCGGAUGCCCCAGCACGUGUCAGUGUAAUGUGUAUGGUUCGUACAAGGGGACAUGCGACCCAGCCUCCGGACAGUGCUCGUGUAAACCUGGAGUGGGCGGGCUCAAGUGUGAUCGCUGUGAGCCGGGAUUCUGGAAUUUCAGAGGGAUCGUCACAGAGAAUAUGAGCGGCUGCACACCGUGUAAUUGCGACCCGGCGGGCUCUGUGAGGGACGACUGUGAGCAGAUGUCUGGCCUGUGCUCCUGUAAGACCGGGGUGAAGGGCAUGAAGUGUAACGUGUGUCCAGAUGGAAGCAAGAUGGGCAUGAGCGGCUGUGACCACGGUCCCGAGGCUCCCACUUCCUGUGAUGAUUUAGUGUGUAGUUACGGUGCUACGUGCAUCGAGGUGAACGACCAAGCCCACUGUGAGUGCCCCUCUCCGGACUGCGACGAGAGAAACAAGACUAAGGUGUGUGGAUCUGACGGGGUGACCUAUGCCGACCAGUGCCAGCUGCGGACCAUCGCCUGUAGGCAGGACAAGGACAUCACGGUGCAACACUUCGGACAGUGCACAGAGUCCAUCUCCGAACCGGCCGAGCGCCCCACCCCAAACCCUCCCGCCACCACCCUCAGCUCACUUACCACCUUCGCCACCAUCUCUCCCAACCUGGUGUAUGGCAUCCCACCCCCGAGGACCGAGGACAUGGACGCUACAACCGAGAACCCCCCAAGUUCAUUCCCCACAACCCGCCACUCCGCUACCCCCCACACGCACCCCCAGCCCGAGCCCACCAGCCCAGCACCCAUCUCCCCAUCCCGUAGCAGCCCCGAGCCGCCAUCAGCCAACUUCGAGGGGUCAGGCAGCGGAGAGCCCAGCGGAGAUGACCAGACCGAGGAAGAGGAGGAGGGCGAGACUGGCAGUGGGGUCCCGACAGAGGCCAAUGAGGAAGAGGAGCCUGGUCCCACUGUGGCCAGUACCACUACCCCCACAGCAGAAGACAGAUCCUCCUGUGACAACUCUGAGUUCGGCUGCUGUCCUGAUGGAACUACAGCGGCCAGUAAUCCAGAGGGCUCCAACUGCCCAUUUACUACCAAGUUCAGCGGCUUCCUACACCUGGACCAAGUGGAGGGCCAGGAGGUUUUCUAUACCCCUGAGAUGGAAGACCCCAAAUCUGAGCUGUUUGGUGAGACAGCCCGCAGCAUCGAGAACGCGCUGAACGAGUUGUUCCGGAAGUCUGACGUGCACAAGGACUUCAUGAGCGUGCGUGUGAGGAACCUGGCCCCGAGCAGGUCCAUCCUCGCGUUUGUGGAGGCUCACUUCAAACCAGGUACCAAGCAUACAGUGGAGGACAUCGAGAAAGCCCUGCUCAAACAGCUCAAGGCCUCCAGGGAAACCAGCAUCGCUGUGAAGAAGCCAGAAGAUCAGAACAUUCGAUUUAAUUACACCCUCCCGUCCAUCCCCUUCUUCACCACCACCACAACCACCACAGCCUCAGUGACCACCCCAGCCCCCACCACCACCACCAGGCCUCCCCCCACCUCCACCCACGUGACCCGCCGCCCACCCGGCACCACCCGUAGGCCGUUCAGCACCAGACGCACAACCACAACGCAACCAGCUACUACUACUGCCCAUAUCACUACCACCGCCGUACCCCACACGACCACAACUCUCCCAGGCACCACCAGGAGCUCAAGCAAGGGCCGGAACCACCACAGCACCGGCCAGCCCUGUGACUCACACCCCUGUCUGCACGGGGGCACCUGUGAGGACCAGGGGGCAGAGUUCACCUGUAAAUGUCCUGCAGGGAGAGGGGGCGCCGUCUGUGAGAAAGUUAUCAAAUACUUCCUCCCAUCCUUCGGCGGAGAAUCAUACUUGGCCUUCCAAACUAUGAGCGCUUACCACACAGUGCGCAUCGCCAUGGAGUUCAGAACAUCGGAAAUGACCGGAAUCCUGCUUUACAACGGACAGGACGGCAAAAAGGACUUCAUCUCCCUCGCCCUGGUCAACGGUCGGGUGGAGCUAAGGUUCAACACAGGCUCUGGCACUGGCACUCUGGUGAGUAAGGUGCAGGUGGAGCAGGGCCGAUGGCAUCAGCUGGUGGUCACCCGUAACCGCCGUAAUGCCAUGCUGAGUGUGGACCAUGAGGACCACGUGGAGGGAGAGAGCCCCCGCGGCACUGACGGACUCAACCUGGACACCAACCUGUUCAUUGGAGGAGUGCCUUUGGACAUGAAACAGGAUGUGAAGGAGAGGACGGGAGUGGACACAGGUCUAGUGGGCUGUAUUCGGCUGCUGGACGUAAACAACAGGGUGCUGAAUCUGCAGGAGAAUGGAGGAGAUAGUCUGUUUGGCAGUGGAGUGGGAGAGUGCGGAAACAACCCCUGUGUGCCCAACCCCUGCAGGAACGGAGCCGCCUGCCAGGUCAAAGAGGCGGAGAUGUUCCACUGCAAAUGUACCAGAGGUUUCUGGGGUCCAACCUGCGCUGACGUCCAUGACCCCUGUGAGCCCAACAGGUGCCACCCCUCCUCCCAAUGCCAGCCUCAGCCCGAGGGAGGUUACAAGUGUGAAUGCCCCAUGGGCCGAGAGGGCAAGCACUGUGAGAAAGUGUCGGAGCGACGGGGAGCUUACAUGCCGCUGUUCAGUGGGGAUUCGUUCCUGGAGCUGAAGGGGCUGCAUCUCUACGGGCACAAUCUGCAUCAAAAGGUCAGCAUGACUGUGGUGCUCAUGGCCAACGACUCCAACGGUUUGAUCUUCUACAAUGGCCAGAAGACAGACGGCAAAGGAGACUUCAUCUCUCUGGCCUUGAACAAUGGCAUCCUGGAGUUUCGCUAUGACCUGGGCAAAGGGCCAGCCACCAUCAGGAGUAAACAACCCAUCCAGCUGAACGUGUGGAACACCAUCAACCUGGAGCGCUCCAACCGCAAAGGAGAAAUCAUGGUCAACAAGAAGGACCCAGUCCGAGGGGAGGCGCCGAACCUCCACGUUGAUCUAAACCUGAAGGAGUCUCUGUUUGUGGGAGGAGCUCCGGACUACAGCCGCCUGGCCCGAGGAGCAGCACUGACUGAGGGCUUCAAGGGUACCAUCCAACAGAUUACUCUGAUGGGGACUCCUAUCCUUCGAGAAGAGAAUGCCCUUCGCUCCAGUAAUGUAGCCAUGUUCCAGGACCACCCGUGCUCCCAUGAGCCCUGCCACAACGGGGGCCGCUGUAGCCCCCAGCUCGACGCAUACGAGUGCGUGUGUCUUAGUGGCUUCUCUGGGAUUCGCUGCCAGAACACCAUCUACGAGAAGUCUGCCGGGGAGACGGAGGCCAUUGCCUUUGACGGGCGGACGUUCAUCGAGUACCACAACGCGGUUACGAAGAGUGAGAAGGCCCUGCUGGUGAACAAGUUUGAGCUGAGCCUGCGGACAGAGGCCACCCAGGGUUUGGUUCUGUGGAGCGGGAAAGGUGUGGAGCGCUCGGACUACAUCGCCCUGGCUAUAGUGGACGGCCAUGUCCAGAUGACCUAUGACCUGGGCUCCAAACCCGUGGUGCUACGAUCCUCUGUGCGCGUGGACACCAACCGCUGGAUACGCAUCAAGGCCAGCAGAGCGCUUCGAGAUGGGUCACUACAGGUGGGCAAUGAAGCUCCGGUAACAGGAUCGUCACCGCUGGCAGCAACGCAACUGGACACUGACGGAGCACUCUGGCUGGGAGGUCUGGAGGAGCUGUCUGUGGCCCGGCGCCUGCCCAAAGCCUACAGCACUGGUUUUGUGGGCUGUAUCAAAGACGUGGUGGUAGAUGGAGUAGAGCUCCACCUGGUGGAGGAUGCCCUGAACAGCCCCCAGAUACUACACUGUUCUGCCGCCAAAUAAGUCCCCACAGAGACAAAACAAUGAGAGAAACCAGUGACAAGUUCAAGCUCCCACUCUCCCCUGCUCCCUCCAUAGCGCCCGGUCUCCUGCUGUAAUUAUUUCUAUUUUUGUAUACUUUUCAUUGCUUUUUAUAUGGGAAGAUUUUUUUUUUUGUUUGAUAUAUAUUUUUUUCCAUUAAUAUUUUUUUCAGCCCUAAAGCAGGCACUUCUUUGAAACCCAACUUUUUUCCCCAAGCCUGCUUUUUUUUUGGUUUUGUUUUGUUUUUGCUGGUUACUUGAACACUGGUGGACGGCGCUGACUAUUCCUGGUUACUAGCCUUGUCUUGGUGCCAUAUUUAUCGUCCACAUUCCCUCCAAGCAUGGCCUUCCACGAGUAUAGCCAGACUACAUACAUACAUUCCCCCUCUCCUCCUCCCCCAUCUGGACACAGGCAGACUCUACCAAACUGUGUGUUCAGAAUAUAUCCAUGGGACAGUCAAGCUGCUACAGAGAGAAAAGCACCUGACGACAUCAACGCCACGCCAUCAAAAGAUAAUAAUUCCAGCUCUCCUCUCAAACCUAUCAGAGGAUUUAGUUUUGAAAUAUGACUAACAAAGAGGGAGCGAUCCAUCCUCAUCACGUCAUGAAUAAAUGUCUAAAUAUAGAGUAUAUUAUAAUACCAGGAACUGUGAAUAUGUCCGAUGGCUUCUUCUCCUGUACUAUUGUGUGUUCUGUUUUACAAUCAGCAGGUGAUGACCACUAUAGAUGCAUGCACUUCUGCAAUUUGGGUUCUUUUUAUUGAUUUCUGUUUGGAAAAAAAUAUAUAAAAGUCACUGUGGAAUUUUUUAAAAACCUCUUCUUUAAUUUUUGUGAUUCAACAAAUGUUUCUAGUAUUCAGUUGAGAAGGUUUGCAGGAUGAGGGUGUUACCGCGUUUGACCUUAAGGAGGCGCUGAAGGCAGGAGGAAAGCUCAAAGGGACAUCAUGGACUAAGCUUCUCUUCUUCUUCUUGGGACCGUCCUGUUUCUGCAUUCCAACUACUCGGGCUGUUGAUUAAUUCUAAAGAGACUGGUAUUUCGAAGCCAUAACAGCCCAUUCUAACGGAUCUCAUAACCCUACAAUACAGCCGACUAACAAAAAUACUACUUACUUACCUACCUACCUACCGCAUGGGUUUGUAUCCUCUACAUUUGCUGAACUGAUGCAAGCUGUCUCUGCAAUAAGCUCCGACAGCUCAAAGACUUUGGUUUUGAUAUGAAAUCCUUGGCAAUAUUCAAAAUCAUUAUUAUUGUUUUGUGGUUUAUUUCACUUUUCCUCCCCACAUCCUUUCUUUUGUACAGCCCUGCAAUUUUUUAAAUGUAAAUUUAGCAAAAUGUGUGGUCUGUGGAGGUUUAUGUUUUGUUUUUUUAGUAAGAUACACUGGAACAUGUCUGUCUUCUCACAGUGACGUGUAAUCGGGGAAGGGAUAGCGCUAAAGCUAUAACAAUGUUGUGUAUUAUCAAACUCUGAGCAGAAAUCACAUGAAAAACUCUAGCACUCUCUUAGAAAUUAUAUUUUGAAUUUUCCCAUUCAGGUGGUAGUAAAUACAUCUUAUAUAGAACAAUAGAAAUUUAGGGUGAAACCUUUUAAUUGCCUUAAACCGGUCGCCUUAACUGAACAGGCGACUCUGAUCAUAUCUUUCUACUAUAGCCAGCAUAUUAGCCUCAUCCCCACCAUGUUAUAAUGAAUUAGUAAUUGCAAACAUACACACAAAAUUCCAGGAGACAAUAAAAAUGUUGCACCUGGUUUUCUACAAAAAGAAUCCUGUAUUUACUGUUUUUUGGGAGUCUGUUCUGUUAUUUAUGUCUCAUGUGGGUUAUACCUCCAUCUGUAAACUACUGUCCGCAGCGCUGGCUUCUCAUUGGCCCGUGCUCCAGUACAAGUGGCAUGACCUGAACAUUACUAACUUUAUGACCUUUGUCUUGUGUUCCUACCACCAUGAAAUAAAAUGUCGACCAAAUGGA